AUGCAUUACUUAAAGGGCCAUCUCACUGGUGAAGCCGAACAGCUUGUAAGACAUGUGCCAAUUAGUGAUGUAAACUAUCAACAAUGUUGGGACACAUUAGAAAAUAGAUAUAAUAAUAAAAAAUAUCUAGCCAAUUGUAUUCUAAAACGGUUUUUCAGUCAAAAACGCAUUAUAACAGAAUCAGCAUCGGCUCUGAAAGAAAUGUUAGAUACAACUUCUGAGUGUCUGGGUGCAUUAAACAAUUUGAAUAUUGAUGUGAGUACUUGGGAUUUGAUCAUCAUUCAUAUCGUAUCUUUUAAGCUCGAUCAGGAAACUAGGAAACAGUGGGAGUUUAAGAUUUCUAGUGACAACUCCAUGGAAUUACCAACCUUUUCACAAUUUAAAGAAUUUAUUGAAGGCAGAUUUCGAGCAUUGGAAUGUAUCGAACCAAAAAGAGCAUUGGCACAGCAUAGUAGUUCACAUACACUAGGUCAUCCUAAGGUUUUGUUGGCAACACAAAAAUUUAGCAGUGCCAGAUUAAGUUGUGAGUUUUGUUCAGAAGCUCACAAAUUAUGUUUUUGUAGAAAAUUUAGUAAACAAGAGUCAGAUCAAAGGCGUCAAUUCGUUUUAAAUAAUAAUAUUUGUUUUAAUUGUCUAGGGGGAAAUCAUUCGGUUAAGUAUUGUCAAAAACCAACCAAUUGUCGUAUCUGUAAAAAACGACACCACACGCUUUUGCAUCCAAAGGAUGAUUCAAAUAAUAGUUCACAAGGUCAGGAAGCGCAACAGAGCACAUCCUCUGAAGGUGUUAAUUCUUCAGAAGACAAUGCUCCAAUAGUGUCAUGUCUAUCGACAAAUAAAAUCAUCAAAACUAGGCAAGUUUUAUUAGCCACUGCGCUAAUAAAAGCUCAGUCUGAAUCAGGAGAUUUGCAGGUAGUUCGGGCCUUGCUUGAUCAAGGCUCCCAAGCGUCAUUUGUAACGGAGGCCACAGUACAACAUUUACGUUUAAAAAGGAGUACAGUUAGGGGAACAGUAUCGGGAUUGAGUGCAGACAGGACAAUCAUUUCAAAGCAUAUGGUUACUCUUAUUUUGCACUCAUUAACUGAUAGUAACUUUAAAAUAAAGGUCAAAGCAUACGUAUUAAAGAACAUAACUUCUUACUUACCAGAGAAGAGACUAGAAGCAAUGGAAUGGAGCGAUCUCCAAAAUAUAAAAUUGGCAGAUCCGCAGUUCAACCGCCCCAAUAAAAUUGAUAUUUUAUUAGGGGCAGAUGUCUAUAGUCAGAUAAUAAAGGAAGGUGUGAAAAGAGCACCGAUGGGAACUCUUGUCGCUCAGUGCACCACUUUCGGGUGGAUCCUAUCUGGCAUAGUUAAUUCGGAAAGUUCAAGUCAGGAUAUUAGUUCAAAUACAAUUUCAGUAAUGCAUGCACAGAGCACAGGAUGGUCGCUAUAUACAGUAAACUUACCUUUUCGGGAUUCACAUCCACUCUGCGUAGGCGGCAACUCUCGAACGAUUGCUGUGAACAGACUUAAAGCGUUAGAACGAAGAUUAUCAAAAGACGAAAAGCUGAAAGAAAAGUAUACACAGGUGAUAAAGGAGUACAUACAAUUAGGACACAUGAGACCUGUAAAAAAAGAAGAAAAAGAAAAUGAAUCUGUUUACUUACCACACCACGCUGUUAUUAGAGAAGAUAAGUUGACAUCAAAGGUGCGUGUCGUCUUCGAUGCGUCCUGCAAAAAUGAGAAUGGAGUGUCGCUUAACGAUUCAUUGAUGGUGGGACCCACACUGCAGUCAGACUUACGGCAUAUAAUAAUACGUUGGAGAAUGCACUACAUAGGUUUAAUAGCAGACAUAAUAAAAAUGUACCGCCAGGUGAGAGUAACGGAUGAUGAUGCUGCGUAUCAACGUAUAGUAUGGAGAAAUAAACCUGAAAAUGAAAUUAUAGAUUAUGAAUUAGUAACAGUAACAUUCGGAACAGCAUCUGCUCCAUAUUUAGCAGUAAAAACAUUACAUCAAGUUGCCCUAGAUGAGGAAAAGAAGUACAAACUUGCAGCUAAUAUAGUCAGGAAUUCAUUCUAUAUGGACGAUCUUAUGACGGGAUGUUCAACAGUGAAAGAUGGAGUGGAGUUAUACAAGGAAAUGAAUAAUUUAUUAAAAAGCGGAGGAUUUAUACUACAAAAGUGGAAUAGUAAUAAUAAGGAAUUAUUAGAGCAAAUAGAAGUUUAUGAAGGACAAAAAGAAAGGAAGGACAGCGAGGAUCAAGAGGAAGAUAUCAGAGAGAAUAAAAUAGAAAAGGACAUAAUGAUAGAUACAACAAAAAUAUUAGGACUUACCUGGAGCCGCAGUGAUGAUAAAUUUAAGUACUCUGUAAAACUGCCGCCGGGAGAACAGGAUACUGGAUCUGUAACAAAAAGAUCUAUCAUAUCAGACAUUGCUAGGUUGUUUGAUCCACUAGGUUGGGUAGCACCCAGUGUGAUCUUAGCUAAGAUAUUUAUACAAAAAUUGUGGCUUUCGGGUAUAGACUGGGAUGAUGUAGUCCCGGAUAUAUUAUUACAAGAAUGGGAGACUUACCGUGGUGAGUUGUCACAACUUACCAAUGUGCGUAUUCCAAGGUGGCUCGGUAUGAAGCCUGGUGAUCACGUCGAACUUCACGGUUUCUGUGAUGCAUCAAAGGCAGCGUAUGCUGCAGUUGUAUAUACAAGAACAAUUAGUCAGACCGGAGACAUUUCUGUAUCAUUAUUGGCAGCUAAAACGAAGGUGUCGCCAAUAAAGCAAGUAAGUAUUCCACGGUUGGAGCUUUGUGGCGCAGUUUUGCUAGCUCGACUCUUGGUGGAAGUAGCAGAGGCUAUGAAUGUCGAGAAAUCCAAUUUACGAGCGUGGACUGAUUCCACUGUCGUACUGGCAUGGUUGAACAGUCACCCUAGUCGAUGGAAGACAUUUGUAGGUAACCGUGUAUCGGAAAUUUUAACUACACUGGAUUCAUCUCAUUGGGCUCAUAUAUCAUCGAAGAAUAACCCCGCUGAUUGUGCCUCGAGAGGUAUUCAACCAAGUGCACUUGCAGAAAAUAAGCUUUGGUUGACUGGUCCAGAGUUUUUACGGGAAAAGGAAAUAUUGUACAAUAGAUCAAAGGCUUUCGAAACAAAAAUUGAAGAAACAAUUAAGUCAUAUGUAACAAUAAUAGAGGAUUCUCCAUGGACAAGAUUUUCAAACCUUAAGAAACUUUUGAGAGUAGUUUCUUAUUGUAGACGGUUUUUAAUAGUGAAAAGGGAUAAGAAAAGUGAAAAAUUUAUGUAUUUACAAAAGGAAGAAAUAGAAGAAGCUUUAAAAUGUUUAAUAAGGGAUAGUCAAAGUAAGUGGUUUCAAGAAGAGUAUAUACAAUUGAAGAGCAAUGGUAGUAAAAAAGUAAAAGGAAGUAAAAUUAAUACAUUAUGUCCGUACAUUGAUGAAUAUGGUAUAAUGAGAGUUGAUGGACGACUACAUAAGUCUUCAUUGGAUGAACAUGCAAAACAUCCAAUAAUUUUACCUCAUGCAUCGCAUCUUACCAAACUUAUAAUAAAGGAUUCACAUGAGAGAACUCUGCAUGGAGGUAUCCAAAUGAUGAUAAACUAUUUAAGAUCUGCCUAUUGGAUUGUAGGUGUUAAGAGUCUUGUAAAACAACACAUCAAGAAAUGUAUCGCUUGUGUAAAACAUAAAAACAAGGUGACAAACCAACUAAUGGGAUCACUCCCAUCUGAACGUUGUACUCCUACAAGACCUUUUCUUCAUACUGGUAUUGAUUACGCAGGACCCAUAAAUAUUAGGACAUCGAAGGGUAGGGGUCAUCAUUCAUACAAGGGGUACAUUUGUUUGUUUGUCUGUAUGGCAACUCGAGCGAUACAUCUAGAAGUCGUCAGUGACAUGAGUACAAAAGGUUUUAUAGCGGCCUUCAGGCGCUUCACAUCCAGACGUGGACACUGUGCACAAGUAUGGAGCGAUAAUGGCACCAAUUUUGUUGGUGCUGCUCGAGAAUUACAAGAGUUACUUGUUAUACAACAAAAGGUUGCAGAAAAUAUAGCAUGUGAAGGUACUAAAUGGCAUUUUAUACCCCCUCAUGCGCCUAAUUUUGGUGGAUUAUGGGAAGCAGCGGUGCGCUCCACUAAAUUUCACUUAAAAAGAGUUAUAGGAGAGUCAACGUUGACGUAUGAAGAGAUGAGUACACUGCUCAGUCAAAUUGAGGCGUGUCUAAAUUCUAGGCCAAUGACUAUUAUAAAUGGCAAUGAUCCUGAAGAACCUAUGCCAUUAACUCCAGGUCAUUUUCUGGUAGGUGAACCACUAGUAGCUGUGCCAGAUGUUAAUUUUGAGAACUCACCUAUUUCUUCAUUGACUCGAUGGCAGACUAUACAAAAAAUGUUGCAAAAUUUUUGGCGGAGAUGGUCCCAGGAAUAUUUGACUACACUGUUGCAUAGAUAUAAAUGGGCUUCUCAAGUUCCUGAACCUAAAUUAGGAGACAUAGUUCUUGUCAAGGAAAGCGAUAUGCCUCCUAGUCGAUGGUUACUUGGUCGUAUUAUUCAAAAACAUCCUGGCGAUGACAACAUAACCCGAGUAGUCACAUUAAAGACAAAAAGUUCAAUUAUAAAAAGACCAACAUCUAAAUUGUGUGUACUACCAGUUGUUGAUUAGUAUGUUAAAGAAUGUUUUAUUUAUCAUUUAUUUAGUGUUUAAGUUUAAUAGUUCAAUAUUUUUAUACUCUGUAUUAUUAAGUAGUUAAUUACAAACAUGUAACUUCGACCCAUUUUGUCAUGGUGGGCGGAUAUUUAGUACUGUAAAGGACAUUGUUUCAUUAUGUCCUUGGUGGGCGGUAUGUUCGAGUCAAAAUAGUUUUAUACUAGUACAACUAGAUGGCGCUGUAUUUUUGCAUACAUAUUUCUAAAACACGCUAAUAAGAUAUUUUUGUUGUUCCUUAUAUAGAUAUGUAAUUUUUUAUUUAGGCACUUAGAUCAAUAUAUACGGUUGUAACCUCAUAACUGUAUUUCAUUCAAUAAGUACAACGCUCCUGAUCUC